AUGAACAUUGACAAACCAGAAAACCCGUUCACAGCGCCAUUGGCAACGGGAUACAGCAAGCAGCCACCGAAAUGUGAAAUAUCCAGCUACGACCGAUCAAGCGGGAGCUUUGCAGCAACCCAGCUCCAAAAACUGCUCGAUGACAACACUCAGUAUCUCAUGGCAGUGCCUCACAAUGGUCCUCGAAUAACAGACACAGAAAGAACGCUACUUGAACGAGAUCUGGCUGCGACAGUGGCUUCUUUGGACGAUCCCCACGACUUACUGUCUGUCAUCAAGCUGCUUUCAGCCAUUGAGCAUGUGCUUACUACUCUGGUCAUGGACACCCCUACCCAGUACAGUAUGAGCCAGUUGUGGGGUAUCGCUUCCAGAUAUAUGGGUCCAAACUUGUACAAACGCAACAUUGACAUUCGACGACAUCAAGCCCAUUGGGUGGCAAUGCGACGAACCGCCACAAAAGAAAUUAUAGGCAAGGGUUACCUUGUUUCUUUCAAUCUUUUUGAGUCCAUUUCUCCCGAGGAUUUUGAUUCCCUACAAGAUUACCUCGUGACCCUGGCCUGGGCAACUGCCACCGAUGAAGAAUCGGGCUGGUGCAUUGGCAUUUACCACAUCAUGUCGAAGCUGGGUCCUAUUUUGGGUAAUGGGGGGUUAUUGGAGAAGGUGGGAGAUGCUCUGUCGUCGGUAGAUCCGGCUAGUGAGCUCGAGAGGUAUAGGUUGGAUGUUGAGGCUUUGUGGAGGAGGGGAAGUGGUAGUCAGCAAAAGUCGAAGAAGAGGAAGAAGUAG